UAUUGGACAAUUCUUAUAAAUGACAUUUUUUCUGGACCAAUCGGAAUCUCAGCGCUUGCUUCAGGAUCUUGAAACACACUGCCAUCUGUGUUCGCGCCUGUCAAGAGACACCUGACCUAAUGUGGAAACUCUGAUGGAAAUUGAAUUCAAGAAUAACAUUGCUUGUGGGGAAUACCUGCAGAGCAAGCUCCCACUGGAGAGCAUGACCCUGCAGUGUCUGUCUGCUGUUGACCCUAUUGCAAGGGGGCACUCCAAGACUGGACAUCUGCUGAGAGAACUGAUGGAGAUGCUAAGCAAGUUUCUCCCUGCUGAUGUGGAUGUUCAGCAAGAGAUUCUCCAGUAUGGUGUGGACCAGAGCCUGCCAACAUUCACUGAUGGAGAAGAUGCUGUCAGCUGGUGGGCAGAUGUUUCUGAUACAGGAAGGUACCCAGCACUCACCAAAACAGCACAGACAGCAUUGUCUGUGUUCCAUGGGCCACUGAUUGAGUCAUCUUUCAGUUACAUGUCAGAAAUCAUUGACUCAAAAAGUGGCAGCAUGAGCAUCAGCACUCUGAGUGCCAUCCAAACUGUGAAACACACCAUGCUGACCCAAAAGAAGACUGCAGUAGAAAUGUUCAAUAGAGAAAACAUAAAGUAUGGGCCAGUGGAUCAGAAGAUGUGUCAAAACAUCUUGUCGGCUGGAAGUAAGGACAAAGCUUUAAGAAAGCAAGCAGCCUUGAAGGAGAUGGAGAGACGGAGGGUGUUCGACUGCCAGCCAUCCUCAAGCGCUGCCGCAGCCAGAAGAACCAAGGCAGAAGAGGAGGCUCUGGCCAGAAGGAGGCAUACGGCCAACCCCUUCAUUCUUGACAUACCGGAAUGGGUCUGAUGUAACUGUUUCAAUACAGCCACUCGACCUUGUGAUGGUAUGAUGAUUCUUGCUCCCCAAAUCACACAUCCAUCUUCGACACUUAGCGAGUCUCUCCUAUGAUAGUAUGGUAACAGCGGGGGCUCCACUUCUUCAGGCCAACCCUUUAACAUGUACUCAUGUACCUUGGAGAGCGUUAUGUCAUGGGAUGUCCACCUCCGAAUUUGUACUGCACUUACAGGUGAGUCAUCCAUUAAAUCCAUCAUCAGCAUUUGAUCAUUAGUGUCAUCCAGUUCUCCCUCACCUGGUAUUGGGAGACUACUCAGCGCAUCAGCAUUUUGGUGGUAAUUUCCUGACUUGUACACAAUGUUGUACUGAUAUGCCUGUAACAUCACAGCCCACCUUUGCACUCUGGGUGAUCCCAUUUGAGGAAUGGCCUUUGUUUUCAUUGAACAAAUUAAUCAAGGGCUUAUGAUCAGUGCAAAUUGCCAAUGCACGACCAUACAAGUACUUGUGAAAUCUUUGGAUUCCAAAAAUCACAGCUAAGCCUUCUUUGUCUAACUGUGAAUAACGCUUUUCUGCAGCCGUUAAUGUUCUUGACAUGAAUCCAAGAGGUUGCUCCGUACUCUCUCCUUUUCUGCGCUUCGAGAGCACGGCACCCACCCCGUAGGGUGAGGCAUCACAAGAUUCCUUGAAAACUUCUUUCUGCGGCUUUUUCCACAUCCACUGAACAUCUUUUCUCAGCAGCAGAUGAAGUGGGGCUAGUAGCAUUGCUAGAUUGGGAAGAAAUUUAUAAUAGUUCAGCAACCGCAGGUACGCCUUAAGUUCUGUAACAUUCCUUGGUUCCGGUGCUUCCUCAUCCGUGUUGUGUCAGGAAAUUGUGAAAACUGAGGCAGUGCGUCAUUGUUUAGAAUAAAAGCAGCCAAACACACUGCAGUAACACCAGCGAAAGAAAGGAAAGAGAGGAUUCUCCCAUUAGUUUUCAUUGCGUUGCGAUGGGACCGGAAGUGGGGAUACACUGCUUCGCUUACCGGAUAUAGGAAGUGAGAUAAAGGUCCAUUGUGAAACAGCUGUGGUCAUCAGAGCUCCUGCAGCCGCUCUGAAGAAACUGCGGUGGCUGAGUCAGCCGGCUGCUCUCGAAUCGCUAUCGCGGUACUUCGAUGCCGCACGUGACAGUCACGAGGCGUCGGGGCCGCCUCAAGUCGGACAAAGUUUCUAACCGGCAUACGGUUAGACGCUCGAUUAGCCAGUCGGUCGGACGCUUGAUUUUGGCACGGCUAUAGCCGUUGUUAACACGUACCAUAGGCGUUUGGUCGGAAGUGUGAGUAACCGAUCAUCUUUCUAACGCAAUAUCUACAUGUGAAGACACGUGCCUGCUGAAAAAACCAGCUUAAACCAGCUUAAGCUGGUUUAUCAAGCUGGUUUUAGAGGGGUUUUGACCACUUUUUUUAGCUGGUCAAGCUGGUUUUAGCUGGUCAGGCUGGUCUUAGCUGGUUUUAGCUGGUCAGCCAGGCUGGUCUUAGCUGGU